AUGUGGAUGUCACCAGGUGCACACUUCAAUAACGUCUCUGUGAAAUACUUCACACACAAGGCAGAGGUGAAUCACUGUGCCUUAUCUGGCGAUGACUACCUCCUAAUAACAGCUUCCGAUGACUGUAAAGUUCGUGUCUGGAAUAUUAAAAGUGGAAAAUGUCUAGUUAAAGCAAAAGGCCACACAGGGCCAGUGAAGACGUGUGCAUUCUCUGCUGAUAGUACACUCUUUGCCAGUGGGUCCUCUGAUUGCACUGUAAGGUUGUGGGACAAAGCAACAGCAAGGUGCCUGUACACUCUGCAAGGACACACUAGGAGUGUGGAGACCGUCUGCUUUAGCAGGGAUUCGAAGCUGCUUGCCUCUGGAAGCUGGGAUUAUACUGCUCUUCUGUGGGAUACAAAGUUGGGACAAAUCGUGAGGACGUUCACAGGGCAUCAAAACGUCAUCAAGUCCUGUGCCUUCUCAUUCGGUGGAGAGCAUAUGGCCACUGGCUCCUGGGAUUAUACGGUAAUCGUGUGGGAUGUACGACACACGAAACCUGGAAGAUAUUUGUCUGGUCACACAGGCAACGUGAGCUGUGUUGCAUUUUCCAGCAUUGGGAUGUUGGCUUCAGGCUCCUGGGAUAAGACCGUCCGUGUAUGGGAUUCAAGGACUGGGAUCCUGAUCUUUCUCCUGGAGGAGCACAGUGGCCACCUCAUGGCCCUCGCCUUCUCUCUGGAUGCAAUUCUACUGGUGACAGCGGCAGAAAAUGGAACGGAAAAGUUAGAUGUUAUCACCAGCUGCCAAUUUUCUUCUUUUGCGACGCUUCUGACUGCAGGAACCUCUGAUUAUAUGGUGACAAUAACGAAGGCAAAAUGA